AUGGCAAGAAGGGCGCAUACAAAAUCCAGAACCGGCUGUCGUACAUGCAAAAUCCGCCGAAUCCGCUGCGACGAGACAUGGCCGUCUUGCAAGCGAUGCACGAGCACCGGGCGCCGCUGCGACGGACCUUCGCCCUCCACCACAAAACCCCCUGCAGAUUCCCACCCGAUUACAGUCUCGUUUGCUGAAACACUAACCAUCCGAUCAAUUCUGCAAAUGCGUGUUCCACAAAAACCCUGGGACGCAAGUUUCGAGGAGACGCGGUACAUGCAGUAUUUCAUUGAGCGGAUUACACAGGGGCCUGAAAUCGGCCAUGGCACUCCUACUACUACCAGCAGUCCAACCAAUAUCGAGUUGGCGACUGGCGCCGACUGGCGCCCGCUCAUGAUCCAAGCUAUGCACCGCGAGCUCGCGGUCCGACAAUGCGUUAUUGCGCUGAGCGCACUGAUCCAGGAGCGCGUCGCGCACGGCUCGCUGGGCAUCCACGGGUUCAAUCCCGGCCCGCGCAACCAACGAUAUGUGUUUGCACUCAGAACGUAUGGGAGAGCUCUCUCGUCGCUGCAGGAGCUCGUCGAGGAUGCGGUCGCGUCGUCGGAUGGUGGUAAUUGUGGCGGUCGCGAGAUUGCAUCCAUCGAGUCGGCGUUGCUUGCUGGGAUUGUGUGUAUCUGGUUCGAGGUUAUCAUGAGGGACUUCCGAGCGGGGUUGGGGCAUCUUGAACGGUGUUUGAGGAUCAUGUUCCACUCGGGGUCAGACGGAAAAGACGCCAUCAACCCCGCAAUAAAACGCGCGUACAUGAAAAUGGACAUGCAAGCCGCGCAAUACAUGGGCAGGCGCGCCCCCAUCACCGCCAGCAUCGCCGCUGCGAGCUCCACAAGCACAGCACCCCAUCUGCCCUACAUAUUCGACACCCUCGACGAGGCCGAAACCUGCCUCGUGCACGAACACGCCCGGAUCCUCCACUUCGCCCGGACAUCCGCCAGCACGUACAAGUACUACUCGCCAGGCAACGUCCCGCUCGACCUCAUCGCCCAGACACACACAUUCCACUCGCGCCUCGCGCUCUGGAAGUCUGCAUUCACAUACUCGUACUCGUGCCAGAAGGCCCGCCAUAGCAGCCCACGCAUCUCGGCGCGCGCCGCGCUCAUCCUGAUCCAGUACUAUAUUGCGCUCAUCACGGCGGCGACGUGUCUGUACGCGGAGGAGAUGCUCUACGACCGCUUCGUGCCCGAGUUCAAGCGGAUUGUGGCGCUCGCGAGGUCUGCGUGCUCUGCUGCGGAAGAUGCCGGCGCGCACACCACCCCGCUUAUCGGCCUGCCCAUCUCCACGGGCACCAUCCACCCUCUCUACUUCGCCGCGACCAAAUGCCGAGACGCGAGCCUUCGCGACGAGGCGAUCACGCUGUUAUCUGAGAUCGCCGCAUGUCCGGACGGCGUCUGGGAGGGCUGUAUACUCGCCGCCGUCGCGCAGAGGGCCAGGGAGGUUGAGGAGACUUCUGCGGCUGGGUGUAGGCCGAUUCCGGAGUUCUGCAGAAUCUAUGUUAUUGGACUGGAUAUUCGGCGGGACGUGGGGACGGUGGUGGUGGACUUUCGAAAAAGGGGUAAUGGGAUGGAUGGGGAGUGGGAGGAGUGGGUGGAGGAGCUUUGUUGGUGA